AUGGGAUGUUGUCUCAGCACCUCCCACUCCCACACCCACAAAGAAGAACCAACCCACCACCGCCGCGGCCGCAGUGUUCACCAGACGAGUCCUUCGCCGAAGCUCGAACCGCCGCACCCGCCGGUCCCCGUCGUUGAAGAAGAGUCCGUAAAGGAGGUCGUCCUCUCCGAAACCCCCGUGUCGAAACCGGCGACGACGUCGCCGAAGGUACCGAUCCCCGAGAAGAGGAAGACCCACUCGCCUGUCAAGCUAGAACCGGAGCCCAAAGAGAUCUCGGGGGAUUCUCAGGUUUCGGAGUCGUUCGAAUGUGAAGUCAGCGAGAGCUUCUCCUACUCCACGACGACGACCGUCACGGAGGUCAGAGACGACGAGGAGGCGAUGAGCAAGAAGAGGAGAGAUGUGGGUCCCAGAAUUACCGCAAGCGGGUCUUCAGCGGUGGUCACUCGACGGAAGCGACCCAACUCCGGCGAGCUCACCGGUCGGAGAGGUAGAGGACACGUGUCGCCGGUGAGUAAGGUUGACCGCUCGUCGGAGAAGAGAAACCGCUUCGAGGCCGGUAAGACCGUUCGCGGGAGGGAAUCGGGUCACAUGAGGAGUACGCAGCUCAACGGUGGGUACGCGGCCGGAGUCCGGCGAGACGCCGGUGAGGUGUCGGUCCGGCGGUCGAGGUCACCGGCUCCCCGGGCAGCCGGUGGAGUGAGUAGAGGAGGGCUUGCAAGGAACGCGUCGAAGGGGACCGGACGAGCUGGUGGCCGGUCAGUGGGCGAGGUCGGAGAAAAUGAAGAUAAAAAGAAAGAGGAAGUGAGUAAGGAGGGAUGUUCACAACUGGGAAAUGAGUCUCUGGAAAAUCCUUUGGUUUCAUUGGAGUGUUUCAUCUUUGUGUAA